CCCUCCCAAUCAUGUGAUUCAGGUGUUCCAAUCCCCUCCCAAUCAUGUGAUUCAGGUUUUCCAAUCCCCUCCAUAUCAUGUGAUUCAGGUUUUCCAAUCCCCUCCAUAUCAUGUGAUUCGGGUGUUCCAAUCCCCUCCAUAUCACGUGAUUCAGGUGUUUUAAUCCCCUCCAUAUCAUGUGAUUCAGGUGUUCCAAUCCCCUCCCAAUCACGUGAUUUAGGUAUUACAAUCCCCUCCAUAUCAUGUGAUUCAGGUGUUCCAAUCCCCUCCACAUCAUGUGAUUCAGGCGUUCCAAUCCCCUCCACAUCAUGUGAUUCAGGUGUUCCAAUCCCCUCCAAUCAUGUGAUUCAGGUGUUCCAAUCCCCUCCAUAUCAUGUGAUUCAGGUGUUCCAAUCCCCUCCCAAUCAUGUGAUUCAGGUGUUCCAAUCCCGUUCCAAUCAUGUGAUUCAGGUGUUCCAAUCCCUUCCCAAUCAUGUGAUUCAGGUGUUCCAAUCCCCUCCCAAUCAUGUGACUCAGGUGUUCCAAUCCCCUCCACAUCAU